GCCUCAGCAGCUGGAGCGACUGGGUACGGCUAUUACUCGUUGACCUACAAGAGAUCCGAGAAGUUGCAGAAUAUCAUAGCCGACGAUGGCCAGAUCUCUGCCGCCACUGAGAGCGAAAUGCAAAGGCCAAAGUGGUGGAAGACGCUGAUUCAGAACAUGCUGCCAGUGGCAGCUACUGAAACCAAGCAGUAUGCUAACGGUCUGACUGUCAUGCAAUGUGAAGACGGGACUGCAAUCAUCCCGUGGACUCCGCCCGAUCGCAAGUCUGUUCAGGAGAAGUUGAAGAGCACGGAGUACGACAUCCUUGUCAUCGGUGGUGGAGCCACAGGCAGUGGAGUUGCUCUCGAUGCUGUGACCAGAGGUCUCAAGGUUGCUCUGGUUGAGCAAGAAGAUUUCGCCUCGGGUACCAGUAGCCGCAGCACGAAACUGAUCCAUGGAGGCAUUCGCUACCUCGCGCUGGCAUUUCAGAAGAGGGUUCCGCCGAGAUCUCUAUGGGAGCUGAUCACAAAUCUGCACUACGAUCACUCCAUGAUGCAGGUUGUCAUGAGUGAUCUGUAUGAGAGAGCUUUUAUGAUGCAAAGCGCUCCUUUCAUGUCCAAGACUCUCCCGAUGAUGAUUCCAUUGAGGCAUUGGUGGGAAGUUCCUGUCUUCUGGGUGUCAGGAAAGUUGUAUGACACCGUAGGAGGAACCAAGUCUGUUGUUCCUGAAAGUCACCUGAUCUCCAAAGCAGAAGCUUUGUUUCAGUUCCCACAUUUGAAGAGCGAAGGCCUCAAAGCAGCUCUUGUGCUGUAUGAUGGACAACAGAACGAUACCCGCAUGAACUUGUACAUUGCGCUCACUGCCGCUCAAGCCGGCGCCCAGGUCAUGAAUCACACUGAAGUUCUUGGCCUCAACUCGGUUGGAAAACCUGGAGAUGAGAACUACAAGAUCACCGGCGCCAAAGUACGUGACGUUUUCACCGGACAGACUUAUGAUAUCAAGGCGAAACAAGUGAUCAAUGCGACGGGGCCGUUCACUGAUUCCGUUCGCAAGAUGGCAGACCCAGAAGUGCAAGAGAUUAUUGUGCCGGCCAAGGGAUCUCAUCUUAUCCUUCCAGAUCAUUUCUCUCCUGAUAGCAUGGGCUGCGUUUGGUUCACGAAGGAUGGAAGAGUGUUGUACUUGCUGCCUUGGGAAGGAAGCACGAUUGCUGGCACUACAGAUAUCAGAGAAAAGCCAAGCAUGGCACCGACCUCCUCUCUCAACGAGGUUGAUUUCAUCCUGCGUGAAUGCAACAGUACGCUGUCUCGACAGAUGAACUAUAGCCAUGUACGUGCCGCAUGGGCGGGCUUAAGACCGCUGGUGAAGGCGCCGAAUGCUGACCCUAACGACACCAAGAAGUUAGCAAGGGAUCAUGUUGUGGAUGUGGUCAGGGGCAAUCUCAUCUCAAUCUGCGGUGGAAAGUGGACGACAUAUCGGAGAAUGGCCAAGGAUGCAGUGGAUAAGGCGGUUGAGAUCAACAAGGAACUUGAACCACAACGUGCUUGCUGCACAGACAAGCUGACUCUCCUUGGCACUGAUCGCGGUGGGUUAGUCUGCAAUAAGAAUUUCGACAAGGUUGUUGUCACUCUGCGUGAGAAAUAUGAUAUGGACAAGAUGGUUGCAAAGCACCUCAUGCAUAACUAUGGCACAAGAGCGCUUAUUGUCGCAGAUCUGGCGAAGGAUUAUGCCAAGGGACCCAACAAGGACGAGAAAGGCCAAACCCUGCGCUACCUUAAGCUCUAUUCCAAGUAUCCCAUGCUCGAAGCAGAGGUUGUCUUCGCUUGCAGGUGGGAAUACGCCUGCACUGCUGUAGAUGUGCUUGCGAGACGCACACGACUUGCCUUCUUGGACUCCCACGCAGCUGAACUGGCUCUUCCAAGGGUUCUUGACAUCAUGCAGAAGGAAUUGGGAUGGUCCAACCGCCGGAGGGAGAAGGAGCGGACAGAUGCCCUGACCUUCUUGAAGACAAUGUCUAUGCCAUCAGAGUAA